ACUCGCAUGUCAGUUGGUGUUUCAUCCGUCGAAGUGAAUUUGUUAUGCGAGGUAAACAAUUCAGAAGGAGGGGAGGGCGCUGCGAGACUUCUUCGAGGCAUAUGCACUGCGUAAAGGACUAGGCCGCCGCCGCCAUGAGCUUCCGCGGCAAGGACGUGGGCAAGAUCGCCGGCAUGUACGACCUGGAGCACACCAUCGGCAAGGGCCACUUUGCUGUGGUGCGGCUGGCGCGGCACGUGUUCACCGGCGAGCGGGUGGCCGUCAAGGUGAUCGACAAGACCAAGCUGGACCCCGUGUCGCGCGAGCACCUGUUCCAGGAGGUGCGCUGCAUGAAGCUGGUGCAGCACCCGCAUAUCGUCCGCCUGUACGAGGUGAUCGACACGCAGACCAAGCUGUACCUGAUUCUGGAGCUUGCCGACGGCGGCGACAUGUACGACUACAUCAUGAAGCAUGAGACCGGUCUGAACGAGCACCUGGGCCGCAAGUACUUCCGCCAGAUCGUGCAGGCCAUCUCCUACUGCCACAAGCUUCACGUGGUACACCGCGACCUCAAGCCCGAGAACGUCGUCUUCUUUGAGAAGCUCGGCAUGGUGAAGCUGACUGACUUUGGCUUCAGCAACAAGUUCCUGCCGGGCCAGAAGCUAGAGACGUCGUGCGGCAGCCUGGCGUACAGCGCGCCGGAGAUCCUGCUGGGCGACUCGUACGAUCCCACGUCGGUUGACGUCUGGUCGCUGGGCGCCGUGCUUUACAUGCUGGUGAGCGGCUACCCGCCCUUCCAAGAGGCCAACGACAGCGAGACGCUCACCAUGAUCAUGGACUGCAAGUACCGCGUGCCCGAGUCCGUCUCCGAAGGCUGUCGCAGGCUGAUUGGCCGCAUGCUGCAGCGCGACCCGUCGCUGCGCGCCUCGCUGCAGGAGAUCGAGUCGGACCCGUGGCUGAACGCGGCCGAGCUGGGCGAUCCGCUCACCGCCUACGUGCCGCUCGUCACCCGGCAGCACCUCAGCGAGGAGGACCAUGCGCUCAUCGUGCAGAAGAUUGCCAACGGCGGGCUGGGCACCCGCGAGGAGAUACUGGAGGCGCUGGACCGGGACGAGUACAACUACAUCACAGCCACCUACUUCCUGCUGGCGGAGCGGCGGCUGAAGGCGGCCCGCGAUCACCACGCGCUGGCCGCCUCCGUGCAGGGGGCGCAGCUGUCGCCUCUCGACAGUGUCAGCCGACCGACAGCCAGCACGCCGGGCGCGCGGCCGUCGUCGGGCGUGCACUUCCUGUCGCCGCAGGAGCCGCGGCUGCCGGUCGGCGCCGCGCGGCCGCUCAGCCUGCCUCCUCAGCCGGCGCCGUACCCGCUCACCUCCAACCUGGGCCUGCACUGCUACACGCCGCAGUCGUCGCUGAGCUCGUCGCCCGGCAGCCCGUCGUCGUGGCUGGUGUCGCCGCACUCGUCCAACCCGCCGUCGCCGUCGCUGGCGGCCGGGCCGCGCCUCAAGGCAGCCGCCGGCCCGCCGCGCCGCCUACACGCCGUGCGCAGCUCGCCGCAGCUGCUCGAGAUCCACGAGGACGAGGAGGAGGAGGAGGAAGAGGAGCUGCCGACGCCGCUAGCCACGCGCACGCUGGCGUCGCCCGGCCUGCUGCGUCGCAUGGAGAGUCGGCGCCGCUCGCGCGCCUCACGCACCACCAGCUGCUCGUCGUCCUCCGAGAACAUCUUCACCACCACCGACAACAUCACUAACAUCUACGUGGACAGCGGCGGCGGCGGCGGCGGCGCCAACCUGGCCGACAACCGCGAGGGCCGCCUGCUGCUGGCCGCCGGCGAGAAGCGGCUGCACCGCACCGACAGCGGCUCUUCCAUGGAUAACGCGCAGUAUGUGUGGGCCGCCGGCUGA